AUGUCUGUUGAUUUUACAUCAAAGGCGGUAGAUUUAUUUAAACGUGCCGCUAAUCAUGAUGAGCAAAAAGAAUACGAAGAAGCAUACCGGUGGUAUAUGGAAUCUAUAGAAGUUUUCAUGACGGCUAUCAAGUAUGAAAAGAGUAAUCCAACUAAAAGGGAUUUACUUAAAAAAAAAGUGCGUGAAAUUAUGGAACGAGCAGAGAAAAUUAAAGAAUACCUGGAUAACUCAAAGGAAGAAAGUAACAACAACAGAAACAAUACAGGUGCAGGAGGUACCGCACAGAAAACUGCAUCUGUAAGUAAAAGAGCCAAAGAGGAUGAAGAAGACAAACAACGUAUGCGUAAUGGAUUAGAAGGAGCUAUUGUACGAGUAAAACCUAAUGUACAGUGGUCACAGAUUGCUGGUUUAGAAGGUGCAAAGGAAGCACUAAAAGAGGCAGUGAUUCUUCCUGUCCGUUUUCCACAACUCUUCACAGGAAACCGUAAACCAUGGAAAGGUAUUCUCAUGUAUGGACCACCUGGAACAGGUAAGUCUUAUCUUGCAAAGGCAGUAGCCACAGAAGGUGAUGGUACUUUUUUAAGUGUUAGCAGUGCCGAUUUAAUGUCACGUUGGUUAGGUGAUUCUGAAAAAUUGGUGAGAAAUUUAUUUGAAAUGGCUCGUGAAGCAUAUAAAAAUGAUGGUAAACCUGCAAUUAUUUUUAUUGAUGAAAUAGAUUCCCUCUGUUCAUCUCGCUCAGAUGGUGAAAAUGACGCUUCACGACGCAUUAAGACAGAAUUUCUUGUACAAAUGCAAGGUGUGGGUCACGAUGAUGAAGGUGUGUUGGUACUUGGCGCAACUAAUAUUCCAUGGGCUCUUGAUAGUGCUGUCCGACGACGUUUUGAACGCCGUAUUUAUAUUCCUUUACCAGAUGUUCAAGCGCGAUGUCAGAUGUUUAAAAUUCACAUUGGUGAUACUCCUCAUACAUUAACAGAUGAGGAUUGGUACAAGUUGGCCCAAAUGACAGAGAGAUAUAGUGGUAGUGACAUUAAUAUUGUGGUACGAAAUGCCAUGAUGGAGUGUAUUCGCUCUGUUCAAGUGGCCACACACUUUAAGAGGGUAACAGGACCGGAUCCAAAAGAUCCAACACGUACAGUAAAUAAUCGUCUUGUGCCUUGUUCACCUGGUGAUCCGGAGGGAUUUGCAAUGACAGCGCAGGAGAUUGCCCAACCAGAGUUACUAAUGCCGCUCCCUGUUACCAUGCAGGACUUUAUGAAGGCGUUGAUUACUGCUAGACCCUCUGUAUCUGAUGAUGAUGUUGCACAACACAUCAAGUUUACAGAGGAGUUUGGACAGGAAGGUUAA